AUGGCAUCGACCACUGAACAACAGGACCAACCAACAACAACAACAACAACAACAUCCCUGCAACCAAUCCAACCCAUCAAACCAUUGUAUUGUCAAAUUUGUAGUUUCCCGCCUGAAUAUUGCGAGUAUGGAACCAGCAUAUCAAAAUGCAAGACCUGGUUGUCGACCCAUGACCAAAAGAGAUACGAAGAGAUAUAUGGCGGGAUCGAGCAAGAACUGGCGUCGAUGAGUGUGGAGGAGGUGGAGAAGAAGAAGAAGGCCGAGACCGAGGCGCUCAAGAAGGAGGCCAAGGAGGACGCCAAAGCCAGUCGAAUCAAGGAGAAAUCUAAAACCAACAAGGUCACCGUCAAGACCGUCGAACGCACCAAACGCAAACGGAUCACUACCAUUCAUGGAUUGGAUCUCUUCGGUGUCGAUUUGAAGAAACUUGCGAAACUGUUUGCGUCCAAGUUCGCCACCGGCUCAUCAGUGACGAAGAACAACCAAGGAGAAGACGAGAUUGUGAUCCAAGGAGACGUCUCAGACGAAGUCUUGGAUUUAUUCGAUUCAACCACUGGUAAAUUCGCCGAAAUCAUCGGCAAUGGGAUCAUUCCUGAUGACAAUAUCGUCUUUGUUGAUGACACCAAGAAAAAGAAACCCACUUGA